GGUAAUGCACCAUUCCGCUGUUUGCCCUUCGCCUGAAGAAGACGGAGGCGCGCUGUUAAAAUCAGCUGAUUGUAGGGCUGCGCGCGGACAGGACAGACUCGCCAUGCUUGACCCACAGGAAAAUGGCCUGAAGGAUAUUCCUGACUAUGACGGCAUAGAAGAUGAAGCUUUCCCGCCACUCCCACCUCCACACUCCCCAGGUCGGGGAGGCCAGGAGGAGGAAGACCCAUUUGCAGAAGGAGAUGAAGGCGAGGUAUCACGGCUGGCAGAUGUUCCUGCUGCUAAAAGGAGAGGCGUGAAGAGGCCCCAACCCAAGCUCGACUCCCAGAGGCUGAUAUCAGAAAAAGGACUUCCAGCUCUGAAAACUCUGUUUGACAAGAUCCACUUUAAAGGCAAAGGACAUGAGGCUGCUGACCUGCGCAUGCUGAUGCAGAAGAUGGAGAACUGGGCCCACAGGCUGUACCCCAAGUUGCAAUUUGAAGAUUUUAUCGACAAAGUGGAAAAGCUCGGCAGCAAAAAAGAAGUGCAGACAUGUCUUAAACGGAUACGACUGGACAUGCCGCUGACGCAUGAAGAUUUCACAGGUGCAGAUGGCACUGGUGAGGAAGAGGCAGCAGCCGAAGUGCAGAUAUUUGGGGAUCCUGAUCCAUUCAGCGUUAAUGAGCUACAAGGGCAGAUCCAGUCCACUCCAGCCUUCGCUCCUCCACCUACACCCUCUCUGACCGAGGAGCAGCGUAGACGCAUGGAGCUGAACAGACAGCGAGCCCUGGAGAAGAGGCUCGCACGCCAGCAGCAGCAGAUCAGCUCUUCAGGCCCUCAGACUGUUGACGCGUUAGGAGCCACGCCUCCAGCUGCUCCCUCACCAAAUGUCAUCAACAGUUCCUCUGAUGGAGAUGAAAAAGUAGAGAAUUCUGACCUGGAGCCGGCCAGCAGCAACGCCGCCACCACCAUCAUCAUCAUGCAGCAAUCCAGUCAGCUUCCCCCCAAAGACUCUGAGGGUGAGCAAGAAAGCAGCCCCAGCCCCGAGCAUCAACCCAGCAAUGACAGCACGGAGGGAGAUUAAAGUACAGCAGUACUAAAGUGAAGCUUUGUCCAGUAUAUGAACUGUAAAGAGCAGAUUUAAAGGUUCCUGUGCCAACUCUUUAUGGGCAGUGAUGUGAAUUUAUUUAGUUAAUAUCAUAAACACACACAGUCCUACACACUGGGCCAAGGAAAGGUCUAGAAAAAUUUUUUAAUUGAUAUACCAAGAAAUAGUUGAGUUCUUUACCUUUUUUUUCUUUUAAGUCCAAACAAUAUCAAUAAAAAUGUCCUUAAAAUGUUA